UAUCCUGAUGUCACACUUCUCAAUAACAGAAACCUUCCUUUAAAUGCACAACCGCGCGCGUCGCAGCUCAUACACCAGCCAUCAUGAACAAGCAGAGGAGACCGGGCAGCUUCCGCGAGACAACCCCUGGCCGACCCAAAGCCAAAGCUCAAACAAAAGCAACUGCAAAUGGCAGGAGCAAAGAGCAGAGAGAUCACCGUGAGACUGGCACGGAGGAAAAGUCUCCUGAGUGCGCAGGGGCCAAGUGCACGGCAAAACGGGGGGGCAGGAAGCAACAGAGUAAAAAAGAGAAAGAUCCUCAUGGGUGUGAAAGUGAAGACAAACCACUUGAAGAACCGGCACUCAAACGGGGAAACAUUAAUCGACAGAGCAAAAAGCAGUCUCCGGAGACCUCCAAAGUUAAGUACGAAGAAAACGGCGCUUCUGUUAUCAAUAACGCAAACAACGCUGACGAGAAUGACAGACAAGACGGGAGGAAGAAAUUAGACCGUGAAAGUAAAUGCAAACCAAGGCAGAGCGCAAACAGCAAAGCAGAUGAAAAAACAGCACCAAGACGUAGUGGGAAAAAGAAGAUAGGUCCUUUAAACAUCGACAAAGAUGAAUCUCCGGAGAGGCCCGAAAGAUCGGAAGAAAAGUCCAGAGCAAAACCUAGAAGGCAGCAUGAAUCUGAUAUCAAAGCAGCGGUUUGCGCGCUCAGCCCGGGUCGAAGAAAGAAAAGCGCGGGACACAACGCGACGACAGUUCACGAGCCACUGGGAAAGCUUCUUAGAGCAACUCUCGACAAAUUAAAGAUCAAGAAGAUCGAGCAGUCUAUUGCGUCCAGUUGUGUUAAUGACAUAAUGGAUACAGUGAUUGGAUACCUGAAACGAAACACGACCUGGUGUGAAGAGAUCGAGAGAUUACGGACUGGAAGUUAUUAUGAAAACGUUAAAAUUUGUGAGCCGGAUGAAUUCGACGUGAUGCUCACUAUUCCCGUGGAGCGAGUGGACAUUCAGGAGUUUGAUGAGGCCGGAGCAUUUUAUAGCAUCGCAUUGAAACGACAUCCCAAAAGACAUCCUCUGGACAAAUUCCUAAACGAAGACAAGACCAUUCAGGCCAGCGAAAUGCUUGGUGAAUUCAGAGACGCCGUCAAGAAGGCUGUGGAGAAACUCCCAUACCAAAUUGACAUGCAGCGAAAAAAGCCUAAGUGCCCUGCAGUGACACUGGAAGUAAAAAUGGAAGGAAACAAAAAGACCAUUUCUGUAGACUUCGUUCUUGGUCUUAAGGUUCAUCGUGCAAGCUGGCCAGACUUUACAAAAGAUGGCUUCAAAAUAGAAAACUGGCUUGGUAAAAAGGAGAGAGCUAAAAUGAAACAACAACCAUUCUACCUGGUGCCUAAAUAUGAGGGAAAAGGAAACGCAGAGCAUGAUGGAGUUGUUGCAAAAGAUGCCUGGCGAAUUUCCUUUUCACAUGUUGAAAAAGAAAUUCUGAAUAAGCAUGGCCACUCCAAGACAUGCUGUGAAAACGUUAAACAGAAAUGUUGCCGGAAGGAGUGUCUAAAGCUCCUGAAGUAUCUUCUUCAACAGCUCAAAGAGGAUGACAAAUCUAACAAGAUGUCCAGCUUCUGCUCUUAUCAUGCAAAGACCACCCUUCUCCACGCUUGCGCUACAAGAGGAACCGACGACAAGUGGGAAUACAGUCAGCUGGCCGACUGUUACCUGCAGCUUUUAGAAGACUUUGCGAAACAUCUGAGAAAUCGUCUUCUCCCCAACUUUUUCAUUCCAACUCAUAAUCUCUUACAUCAAGUCUCUCAGAGUAGCUGUGAUUACCUGGCAAAUGAAAUUGAAUUUCAGUGCAAUAACAACUUUCCUAUAUUCAGAAAAUGAUUGUAUUUCUGCAUGUUUUGUUCUUUCAAUUUAAUAGUCAACUGUUGCUUAAUAACAUUCACUAAUAUGUAUAUUCCAAAUAGUUUUAUAGGCUUUUAUUUGAUAUGCAUUCAGCUGAACAAGACUGUUACAUCAUCUACACAACUGGAGGCAUUUUAACCUCACAUCAAUGUAGGAUAACAAUAAUAAAAAAAAACAACAAAAACACUGAACUGGAGGGGAAAAAAAUCCUAUUAAAGAAAUAUAUCAUGCACACAAAAUGAAUCAGUGUUUCUUAAACGUAAAACUUAACUGGUCAGUUACAAGGGCUUCACGGGUACUCCACAAAAGAGAGGAUCAACACUUAAAAAGCUUAUG